AUGUCGACCGCGGCCCUCGUCCUGCCCCCGAUCACUAAAAUGACCAUGGUCAGCGUGUGGAUCGAGACCUUGGUAUACGGUAAUGAGCAGACCGCCCGCGACUCGGGUAGCGUUCUUCGUGUGUACUCACAGAGACCCGCCUCCCGCAGUAUCAUCGUCUUCGUCGGUGCGGUUUGGGUGCUUAUAUUUCGCCGCAAGCAAUCCGCCGCUUCUCAACUGUACCUGUUGGCGACGUCAAUGCUGCUGUUCGGGCUUGCCACCGCUCACGUCGCGAUAUCGCUCGCGCAGCAAUUGCAGGCCUUUGUCUACAACAACCCCGCUGAUGCCCCCCUCUACUUGCUCAACCAGCAAAGUUCGCUGUUGUUCGCCAAGCUGGUGCUGUACGUUGUCACUGUGUUCGUGCAGGACCUUGUGCUCAUCUGGCGCAUGUACGCCGUGUACGGCAGCAACUGGCAAAUCAUCGUCGUUCCGGUGCGUGUCGCAAUGGCAUCCUCGGUCGAGACGUACAUCGGCGCCGGCUACAGCGGCGAGAGGGUGCGGGCGACGUCCGUGACGGGGUGGGUUAUGGACCUCAUCGUCAACAUCGGCGUGACGUGCGCGAUCGCGUACAAGCUCUGGCGCGCCGGGCGAGAUGUCGCGAGCAUCAGCUCGCGCACGGGCCACGGCGCCCGGUCGGCGUACAUGGGCAUCCUGUUCAUCGUCGUCGAGUCCGGGGCGAUGUUCGCCGCGGCGACGUUCACGAUCGUCGUGCUCUACCUGAACACGCCCACGGAGCUGCCCGCGAUCAUGGGCAUCAGCGUCGUAGUGCAGUUCGCGACGAUGACCCCGCUGCUCAUCGUGGUGAGGGUCGGGAUGCGGAUCACCCAUGGCGGGAUCAAGACGACGACGUACGCGAACGGCACGUCGCAAUCGCUCAGCGCGCCCCAGUUCGCCGCGAACCCUCGCGGGCACGCCGGGAUCCUGCAGACGCACGAGACGACGACGGAUCUGAGCACGGAUGCGUACGUGCUCGACGACAUGAAGGCAAAGUACUCGCCCUGA